CCCCCCCCCCUCGCGAAGGCUUUCGCUGACUUGACGGCAGAGUCCCGCGCUCACGAAGACUAUGCUUGGCGUAGCAAGCUUCCUCUUGGGUCUCGCGGCCUUCACGCAUAUCACUCACGGGUCUCCUUUACGACGCGACGAUGGAUCCAUCGUUGACCUCGGCUACGCCAAGUACCGCGGCAACAAUACGAAUGAGAAGACGGUGUCGUAUCUGGGUAUCCCGUACGCGCAGCCGCCAGUAGGAGAUCUGAGGUUCCGAGCGCCAGUGCCGCUCGAUACUACUGGAUCUGCUGGAGAGGUAGUGGACGCAACAGAGUACCCGGAUUUCUGUAUUCAGGGGACGACUGGAGCUGGCGAGGCCGGUGGUGCGGGAAGUGAGGAUUGCUUGAAGUUGAACCUAUACGUGCCGGCAGACGCAACAGAGGACUCCAAGCUCCCCGUCCUCGUCUACAUUCACGGUGGAGGCUACUUCUACGGCAACCCCGCCGCCUGGCCCUUCGAGCACUGGAUCGCGCAAAGCCCAAACGUCGUCAUCGCCAGCGUCUACUACCGCCUCGACUCUAUUGGCUUCCUCACCACGCCGGAAUUCGCCGAUGAUGCGUCUUUGGGGGAUCUGAAUGCGGGAUUCCUUGACCAGCGAGCAGCCCUGCAAUGGGUCCAGGAGCACAUCAGCAAGUUUGGCGGCGAUCCGGACCAGGUGACGAUCAACGGGGAGAGCGCAGGUGGCGCGUCGAUUGAGCUGCAUCUCGUCGCCACGGAGGAAGAAGGACUCUUCCACGGAGCCAUUGCACAGAGCGUGUACAGGACGCCGCUGCCGACGCCUGAGGAGCAGAAGCCCCUUUUCGAUCUCUACCUUAACGAGACCGGGUGCGCGGAUGGCGAUAUUGCGGAGCAGAUGGCCUGUCUGAGAGCCGCGGACGUGAGCGUUUUGGCUCGCGCACAAGACGCGAUACGAUAUAGCACGGAGGAUCUGCCGUAUCGCCUCUUCCAUCCUGUGCUGGACAAGAAGAUAUUCACCGACUACCCGACGAGGCUUAUUACGUCCGGCCAGUUUGCGCAGGUGCCGCUGAUUGUUGGGGCCACGUCGAACGAGACGCUCGCGAGCGGCGAGACGAUCAAAGCGGGUUUGCAGAGCUACUUCCCUGCACUGAGCGAUGAGGAUGUGGGCAAGAUCUUGGAGCUCUACCCCGAAGAUUCAGUCUCGUCUGAGCAAGAAUACACGCUGACCGCCACCGGCGACCCGUCCGUGCGAUGUGCUAGGACGAUCCUGGGUGAAGCAUUCUCGCAGAAGGUUCCCGCAUGGACCUAUCGUUACAACCAGCGCAAUCCGACGGAGGAGAAUAGCACCCUGGUCAACCACGCCGCGGAGAAUUGGAUGAUGUUCCAGGGGACGAACACCGGUCCUAACGGCACCUUCACCCUGACCCCCCAAUCCGACGUCGAGCAGGCAUUUGCAGAAGAGCUCAUCGCGUACUGGCUCUCCUUCGUCCGCGCCGGGGAUCCCAACACGUACAAGCUCGACCGGUCUCCGGAGUGGACUGGGUAUAGCACUGAGGAGCGUGCGAGGAUUGUUUUGCAGGAAGGUCCGGAGGAUAACGUGGAGGAGAGCGGGAGCUUUGUGGAAGAAGAGGGGAAGGAGGAAACAGAGCGGUGUGAGUUGGUGGCGCAAUUGGUGGACGGGCAAGAGGCGUAAGCUGAGCUGGGAGGAGAGGAGAAACUGAGGUCAAUGUCUGAUACCACAAUGUACGAUACGCAAUGAAUUUUACGCCUACGACGAGGA